AUGCUCGACGCACAGAGCUUGAUCUUUCUCACCACCGGAUUGCCUAAUACAAAAGCCCCAUUGCCAGGAACCAAACUGUUCACCGGAGCAACUCCUCCGCCUCCUUCUCCAUCCGACAUGUUGACCUGGCUCGUCAACAGUUUGAAGACUUUUCCCUUGGUGAUGGUUUUUUACAACUGUCAAGUGGAGUUGGUUGUUGUUUGUAAUCUUGAUGUUCUUCUUUGCUGGAUAAUCUCAACUUGGUCAAAGUGCAUUGCUAUUACUUGCUUUAAAGUGAUGAAAUUGGAUUUGUAUUAAGUCAAAACAUUCAAUCUUCAUCUGAUAAGAGUACUUUUCAUAUAAAAUUGUUUGUAAAUUAUGUAUUGUCAACGAACAUAUGCUUUUUUUUUCUAAAAAA